GUGCACGUUUCGGUUCCCCAGUACGAACAUCAAGAUCACAUUCACUGCGCUGGCGAGCGUCAAGCGUGAGAAGCAGGAGCCGGAGUCUCCGGUGAAAGCGGUUCAGCCACAUAUCUCCCCUUUAACCAUCAACAUCCCCGAUAACAUCGCUCACCUCAUGAGCCCCCUGCCCUCGCCCACCGGCACCAUCAGCGCUGCUAACUCGUGUCCAUCCAGUCCACGCGGUGCGGGAUCGUCCGGCUACAGACUGGGCAGGAUGGUGCCUGACCUGCAGCUCAUGAAUGAUAACUCCCAGUCUGAGAACGACAAGGAGGCGUCGGAAGGAGACAGUCCAAAGGACGACUCCAAACCCCCGUACUCGUACGCUCAGCUGAUCGUUCAGGCGAUCACGAUGGCGCAGGACAAGCAGCUAACACUAAACGGCAUCUACACACACAUCACCAAGAACUACCCGUACUACAGGACGGCAGACAAGGGCUGGCAGGUCAGUAGCACACCGUCAAAUCAGCUGAAGACGAUGCUGUGUGAACUGAGCAGACACUCAGAAAGAGUCAGUCAUCAAUCUAGAAUCGUAAUGUUAAAGGUCUCUUUCCGUUUGUCUCCAGUGUCGAGUCCGUUACACAUGUUGGCUGCUCACGCCUCGGCGUCCGCCUCGCUCCCCACGAAGCGGCAGAACGGAGAAAACGGCAGCGGGCCGCCGGAGAGCAAACGAUUGAAAACCGAGGACGAAGAGCACGCAGUCACCACCGGUCCAGUGUCGAGUCCGUUACACAUGUUGGCUGCUCACGCCUCGGCAUCCGCCUCGCUCCCCACGAAGCGGCAGAACGGAGAAAACGGCAGCGGGCCGCCGGAGAGCAAACGAUUGAAAACCGAGGACGAAGAGCACGCAGUCACCACCGGCCCGAACGGAACCGCUGCGGACACAAGCUCCACCAACCAGCACAACUAGUCAGCCACUGUCAACCACCUCUUUCCCUCCCUCCUCUAGUUUUCUCUUUUCCUUUUUCUCGUUCUCAUCACUGUUUCUCUUCCAUCCAGCAGCUCACGGUGCCAAAACUCAAGGCUUGGACAAUAACUCUUUGAACCGAAGCAAAAACGUCAAAGAAGAACCAAAUGCAUAAAAUGCUAUCCGUUACUGUCUUUUUCCGCAGCAACCCUUCUGCCUGCUUUCCGUUUUAUCACUCGAACGCCUGAUUGAACAAAAACUCGCACCUCGAAACUCAAGAGCAACUGCCAUCUGGUCCAUAACUGGCCAUUUUAUUACAGACUUCAACAGAUGUUGGAGGCAAUCGAUCGGCUCGGAUUCCGUUCUUUGGGAGUCAUGGUGAUUUUUAGCCAAAACUGGAGGGAAAAAUGCACGCUAUCCCGGAGGUUUUGCGACGUGCGUUGCCCUCCGGAUGUGCAGAUGUUGAUCCCAUCUUGACCUCGAAACCUCGGAAAUUCUAGAACCUCCGGAAUCCGUGUGUUGCUCACAGCACACUGAGAAUUCCAGAACUCCCGCUUGCGGAAUCCGGAUUUUUUUUUUUGCUGCUGACAGCAGAACACAGGCUUCGAUCCAACAUUCCAAAGUUUGGCAGUCCACUACGGAAGGUGAAAAACCAAGAGGAUGUCCUGGAAUGCAAUUACACACCAUGAACCACAAAUAGGUUGUCGUUAUUUUUAAAUAGUGCAUACUAGGGCUAAACGUGGAGCCAAAGGGAUCAAAAUAUUCCGAAACACAUCCUGAACUUUCGGCAGCUAGCCUGACAGCAUCCCCCACAAUCCCCUGCAGCCAUCGUAGUGGAUAAUAUGCAGUAUUUUGUUGUUCAUACGUGGAGCAUAGGAUCUGGGCGUGUUACGUUUUAAAAAGUAAUAAUAACAAUAUAUAUAAGCAGAAGUGGACAUGGGACGUCCGGACUGUGUCAGUUUUCUGUUUUGUGAAACUAAGCGUAGUUUCUUUUCUAAAAUGGAUUAAAAUGUAUCAAUGGAGUAUUUCCUUCCUAUGUUUUUCCUUUUCUGUUUAUUUUUAAAUCUGAGCAAAGCCGGCUUUGUUACACUGACAUAUUUUCAUACAGGUGCUCGAGUGGAUGUGUCAUUUCCAUGUGUAGUCGAACUGUUUUCAUCCAGCUUGCAUGUAACGGACUAGACAAACACAUACCUGAGCUGCCGAUUUAAACAUGUAAUCUAGAAAAAAAAUUAAAUAAAAAAUACCCCACCCCCAAGAUA